AUGACCUACUUCUCAGAGAACUCCAAAAGUAUCGAUUUUCCGCUAGUUACAGAUGAGCUUGAAUACAGCGAUCCUCUCAUCCCCAUAAAGCUCCACGUUGCCUAUCUCCCUAACUCGUUACUCACAUCAUUUGUUAUCGAAAGUUCUACCGCUGAAGAAUCUGAACUUUUCGAUAACGCUGCUGAGUUAUAUGACUCAGUAAAAUAUGAUGAAGAAAUCGAGCUUCUAGGCCGACCAGAAGCAGCCCAGAAUUUCCGCUUUGAAAAGGUUGAAAAAAAUCCUUGUGUCCUCCAUGACCGAUUUUUCUUCGGAAAAGGAGAAACUGUCUUCAAAAAUGGGCUGAAAUACACAGGAGAUAUGAAUUUUUCGCUGAUGCAUGGAAGAGGAAUUAUACAAGGGGACGGAUUCAAGUAUACAGGGACUUUUAGGAAUAAUGAAAUUGAAGGAGAUGGGAGGUAUGAAUGGAAAAAUUCAGUUUAUGAUGGAGAAAUUAGGAGAGGGACAAGAAACGGGGAUGGAGUUUUGAACUUUGAAAAUGGAGUUAUAGUGUAAUGAAUUUCUAGGAUAAACUGAAUCGAGUCGUGGGACUAGUUUAUAUAUAAAUUAAUUAUUUUUUUACCUAAAAUAUGAGUAAAUUUAUUAGAGUAUAGAUACUUAUAAUGGACAGUGAAGGGAAGGGCUAAGAGAGGGAUAUGGAAAAGUUGUAUUCCCUAGCGGCCAAAGUUAUGAAGGAUAUUGGGAAAAGGGCAAAAAACAUGGAUAUGGAGUUCUAAAAUUCGCUUCGGGGAAUGUUUAUGAAGGAAAUUUCCAAAACGACAAAAUGUGUGGACAAGGGACUAUGUUUUGGAAUACAAAAAAGGAAAAAUACACAGGAGAAUGGAAAGACAGCUUAACCCAUGGCUAUGGGAUCCAUAUUUGGCUUGAUUCCAAAGGGAAUAAGUUACUCAGAAAUAGAUAUGUAGGACAAUGGGCUUUUGGAAAGAGGAAUGGCCAAGGCACAUUUUACUAUGCAAAUGGGAGUAAAUAUGAAGGAAACUGGGUCGAUGACUUAAAAUCUGGGCAGGGGACAAUGACUUUUGAAGAUGGCUCAGUCUAUUCCGGAGCUUUUGAAAAUGACCAUAUGGUUGAUCGAACGCUAUCUGGGCAAGUUGAAGUUAGAACUGCUACAUCUCCAGUAGUCGCCCAAGCAAACACCACAGCUGCUGCCAACACUACAAAAAAAUCCAUCUUGAAAAACAACCCUCAAAAAGAUAAAAACGCUAAAGAAGCUCCAAUAACCCAAAAAAAAUCCCCAGAUGGUGGUAUGUUUGCUUCAAAAAGAUCAAAGCGCCAGGUUGAGGCUAACCCAUUUAAAAACUUACUUGACAUUACUGAUAUCACUAUCUUUGAAGAUGACGAAGAAAAGGCUGAAAAAGAAGUCCAAAAUUUGCUAUAGUAAAUUUAUUUGAAUUUUUCAAAGAUAAAUAGCUAAAUAUUUAUUAAUGCAUUCAUUAAAAAUUUUUAUAUUAAAACAUAAUAGCAAUAUGAUGAUGUGGUAUAGACGUUAUAGCACUCAACAAGAAUCCAAAGAAAAAGAAGAGAGUUUUACAAUGGUAAUGAAACAAUUUUGGAGGUUCUUGAGAGAUGCUAGAGUUAUUUCAUACAAGGUGCCAAUUGCACAUGUUAACAGAUUAUUUAUACAAGGAAGCAAAAAUAGUUUCAAAAUUGCUGGGUCGAAUGUAGAAGCAGGAACAACUGUUGAACAAUCAUAUAUUAAUAAAUCAUCAAGACCUUUUACACCUGCAGUUCCUCCUAAUUUGGACAUUUCGAAUAUUGUGUCACAAGCUGACCCAGAAACACUCAGUGAUGAAGAAGAAGCCCUAAUUGAGCUUGAACUUGACGAUGUUCAUAGCACAGAUAGGCCGAUUUUAAUUAGGCAGUUUAUGGAAGCAUUAGUAAGAGUUGCAUUUUUGAAGUAUUCAAAUGGAGGAAAACUCCACUUACUCAAUCAAGCCUCAUUAAAUAUAUUUUUCUAUCAUUUUUUAAAUAAUAAAUUGCCGUUUAUUAAUUAUUUAAAUGUGUUAGAAAAUGCUAAAAUUAACAUAAAAGAAGGAGAAGUUUAUGUUGAAAGGCCACAAAGCCAAAUUGGAUGCGCCUUAUACAAACUAUUUGCUGAAAGACUUGAACCUUUUGCUGGAAAUAAAACAUGCAAAACAAUAGAAGAAGAUAUUGAUAUCGAAGAAGGGUUAUCAGCAAUCCAAUCAAAUGUAGCAGAAGAGCUAUUCCUUAGAUAUGCAAAAACAGACAAAGGUCUUAUAUCAAGAAAAGACAUAACAAUUGAAAUAAAAAGCAUCGUCCAAAUGCUUAAAGAUUCACAUGUAAUUCCAAAGCACAAGUCUUUCGAAGAAGUUUUGGAAAUUGUGGAGAGAUACCACGACCCUGAAUACUCAUAUACAGAAUUAAUUAAAGAAAAAUCGGAUAAGGUUAAAACAAGGGUUCUAAUGAAAUUAUUAGGAUCUGAGCUAACUGAAUACGAAUUUUAUGAAAUUAUUGUACUUAUUGGGUUAAGUAUGGUUGAGAGGACAGAAUUCAUGGAAUCAGAAGAAAGUGAGGAUAGCUAUGCAAGAGAUCGCGUCGAAAAAUUCUUUAAUGAAAUUUUGAUUCCGGGAUUUGGAGCUAAAGCUGAACCUGAACUGUCUGAAGAAGGCGAAAAACCUAAAAUUCAGAGUAAAAAGCCAAAUUUGUCAAAAUAUAUGCUUUGCCAGAUGACUUAACAAAAAUAUGAAUUUAAUGAAAAGAUGGAUAAUUUUCUCAUAAAAAAGUAUAAAAUUACUUAUCCUAAGACUGCUAACUCUCUCAGAAUCCAUAAAUGAGAAAUAUAAAGGUAUUGAUUUUUUAAAAAAAUCAUUGUUUGGACAAUAAGAGUUUUUGGACCCCAUGUCAUUCAAUCGGAACAUUUUCCUCGUGCAAACAUUUCUCGGGUACUUUAGGCAAAAAAUUUCUUUUCUUGGCGAUAAAUUUGAUAGACUUUUGCGAUUUUUCAUAGCAAGGUUAAUCAAGAAAACUUCACAAUUCAUGCUUAAAGGUAGUAAGCAAAAAACAAUUGAAGAAAAUAUAAGGAAGAAGAAGGAAGAGGAAGAAAGAGAAAGCAAAGAAACUGCAAAUAUGGAAAAAGAAGACGUUAAUAUUAAUUUAUCUUAA